AUACGGAGGUUGUCCUCAGAUGGAGGUGGAAAGAUGCGAGGAAUACCAUUCCACGUAGCUAGCUCGGGUGAUGAGCAGCUGGGGUAAGUUGCAUUGUAGUCUUCAUCAUGAGGGUCUUCGCAGGCGAAAUCUUCGUCAUCGAAAGUGUCUUCACCCUUCACCUUCAAGUAACGUCGGACAAGCUUGUUCAGAGCUGCUGCGCUGCGCUUACGGUUGCGACGGGUACGUGUUGCACAAGCCCGCCACCGAGCUCUGGGUCCUCGUUAUCAUCUUCAGUCUUCGCAUCAUCGAUAAGCUGCUCCGUCUCUUUCGUCUAGCCGCAGCCGCGGCGACGCUUGGAUAACGGUGCUGCUUGGUCG